AUGGGGGAAGAGUUUGAUGAGUCGGAGGUGACUUUUGCAGAUGUUAAAGCAUUUAGCAAACAAGAAAAUCACAUUGGAUGGCAACAAAACAAGUUUUUCACCAAAAAUAAGAAGAAAAAGAAGAAACAUUCGGUUCCUGUUAGUAUUCCAGAAAAUAUAUCCAGUUCUCGAUAUGUGGAAUCUGAUUUAUUUGAGGAUGAUUAUGAAGAUGAAGUAAUAGUGCCACCAUAUAUACUAUUAAGGCGAAGAGUCUUAAGAAGUAUAGCAUAUUCAUUUUGGAAAGGACAUGGCAAGACUUCGAAAGGAAGAGAACUGAAUCAAAUAAGGAAUCUAAUCUACAGAUUUACUGGGUAUCUUGAAACUUAA